UUAUGAUUACUUUUUAAAAUUCAUUCAGAAUUUUCCUAGUGAAUCAAACUAAAAUACAAUAAUUUUUAAAAAAAUUUAUUUGUUCUAUCAUCUAUUCAUGAACAACUUUCUAACAAAGGAACUAAUAUUUCCUUCAUAAAAAUGUCACCAAACCGCGAAUUCCUAACAUAUCUUUAUGGAAAUAGAGGAAGUAUUUAACGGUCUAAACUUCAAAUAUUAUUUUGUUCCCAGUGGGAGUUCUAAUCAGAGCGACAGUUACCAAAAUUUGACUAGCUCCGUCGAAAAUAAUUGCCUGAAUAGCAGUAACGAAAAUUUACAGAACACUAGUUUAAUAGGCCUGAACCAAAAUUUUGCAGAUCGUAAUAGUUUUAUCGAUACUCAUAAUAGUAGUGCCUUGGAUAUUGGUGGAUCGGAAAAUUGGAAAUCCCACCGAGAGGAUAACCAUAUCAGUGAUGGGGCAAAUCAUUCCAAUGGCAAUGAUAAUCGACUGAUUAAAAGAGCAGUAUUAGUGGAUCGUAACAAAAUGUAUUAUAAGGAUAAAAAUGGCGUUAAUUCUGGAAAUUCUGCUGCUCAUACCAUCGAGAAAAAAUCGUUGAAAGCUUCCAUGCAAGAAAACAAGAAUUCUUUGAAGAAUAAACUGAUGAUGAGGCGUCCAAUGACGUUGCUGAUCGAACAAGGCAUUAUACCUCCUCUUCAAACACCCGUUAGCAUUUACGAAAGGAAACAAAAGUUGGAAAGAGCGAAAACGGGCGACUUUCUCAACCACAAAAUACAAAGGCGUCCUGAACGAGCUGAAUUGAUUCAGCAGCACAUUUUAGAAGACACUGUGGUGGACCCCCAUGUUGCCGAAAAACAAAAAACGCUCAAAAGAGCUCGCCUCAUUGAUAAUCUAAAUGAUAGGCUAUCCCGUAGACCCGGACCUAUAGACUUGGUCAUGGCUAAUUAUCUCAUUCUUCCCUCCAAUGCUAAUGAUAAAAAUCAUGAUGAUGAGAGAGAACUUAAAAACGAUCCAUAUGAUCACUCUAAUUUUACUGAUUGUGAUUACGAAUCACAGCACAAUUUUGACCAAAAUUUCUUAGAUCGUCAUGUUACCGAAACAACCAUGAACGAUUUUGGGAGCAUGUCCUACGAUGAUUUUGGGAUAGAUGCAUGUAACAAAGGUGAACAAAAUCAUCUCAAUCAAAGUUGUAAGAAUAAUAUAACGAACGACAGUAAAAGGCUGUGUAUCAAUGAUAAAGGAGGCGAAGAUGAUGCCAGUUUGGAAAACUUUGCCUCAACUGAAAGUAGCAAUUUCAUCAUUAAUCAACCCUAUCCAAAGAAUAAUAGUAUCCAACGUGCUACUUCUCCUUCUAACAACGUUAACCAAAAGGCGGUUUUCAAAUUCAAGGCUUCUGACUCCGAUUCAUCCGUACCUUACCCUCCCCCUUUACCUUUGCAAUCCAUUUCUAAAAAGAUUAAUAUCAAACAAGCAAACAAUUUUAAAAACCAAUCCUUAUCCAAAAAUAAUAUUACUCAUUCACCCAGUUGCAUCUUGAGUGAUCUUUUUAAUCGUACUAACGUUAAUACCACCAUAUUAAAUAGUGGAUCCAAACCUAAACCCACCUAUACCUCGUCCAACAACAAUAACGUCAUAAACAAGCUAAAAACUAUAAAAUUUCACGAAUACAAAGGACCUCCUUGCACGUCUCCCGGACCUUCUUUAAACUGUAAUAGUUUUAAUUCCUCGAGUCUUUCCUCUAUUCAUCCUACAAACAAGGAUUCUAAUAUCGUGACUAACGAUUCUUAUAACGUUACCUUCAACGGCAGUUGCAACAUUAUAUCGACCUCUAUGCCCAUCUUACCCCCAUGUUCCAAUGCUUACGAUUUAUUGCUUCGGCAGCAAAAAUUAUUUUUGCAGCUCCAACUGGAAUGCCAGCAACAAUUAGGUUUAAUUAACCACAGUUUGGGCCAAACUAACAACGAUAAUAAAACUGUUACAAAUGACAAUAAUUCUCAUUCUGACAACAAAAAGCCGCAAACUCCCAAGUCUACACAAACUCAUGAUAAUGACAAGGUUAAUAAGGCCAAAACACCGAUACAAAAUUAUUAUGCCAAUAACACGAAUAAACAAGCCUCUUCCAUUUUUGUUUCCUUAUCUAAUACCGGGCAAAAUUUUAAGAGUGAUGGUACUCACACUGGUAAUAAUAAAUCUCAAUACACUUCUGCCUAUCAUAACAAUCAAUUUCGUCAAAAUCAGACUAAUUUUAAUAAAGAAACCUUGGCGAUUCAGUUAGAUAACAGUGAGCUUAUAAAUCAUCGUGAUGAUUCAGAUAGAAUGACAAAGAAUGAUAAUGCUACUAAUCAGUCGAAUGGUGUAUACAAAAACCCCCUUUUCAAUAUAAAUAACAUUCUCGCUUCGUCUUCUUCAAACAACAAUCAUUCGAAUGAGUCAUCAAGCCUAAGCAUUACAUUGAAACAUAUAGAUGAUCCGAUAUAUGUAUCUAAUGGAAACCGUCUUACCCCAAAUCAUCUGUUAAGAGUCAAAGAGAGGGAAAACAUAGAGGAUAUCGCCAAUCGUAACGACAUUGUUAGUUCUAAUAGCAAUGAACUGAUAAAGCAACUCAUAUUUUACAAUCAAAGACUGUCGCAAUCUUUGCUAAAUCGAAGCGCUAUAAAUAAACAAGCUUUUAUUUUGAAUACUAUCCAAACUAAUCAAUUCAUGAAAACUAACCAAAUUAGCCAACAAUCCCCUAACAUUGCUCCGACAAAGGUAGGUGGUUCUAAGAACAUGGAUGCAUUGAAAAAUUCUGUAAACGGUAAAAAUGAGAAAACAUCGGUGAUAGAACCUACUAACCUUAUUUCCACCACAAUGUCUUUUCCCGAUAAAAAUUGCACCGAUGAUAGCGGUUAUGUUAAUUUUGAUUACAUUGGUUGUAAUACUAAUUUAAAUAAAAAUAUCGCUGGCGCUAAAAAAAUAGUGAAUAACAAUUUGGGACGAAAGUGUCCAUUGGAGAUCUUGACGGUUCCUGAAUUGAGAAGUGAAUUGAAGAAACGAAAGUUGCCUGUAUCGGGGCCUAAGCCAUAUCUGUUAGAAAGGUUAAAAUCUUUCGUAUCCGAAAUAAUCGCUAAUAAAAAUUACCCGAAAUUGGUAGCCUUUUUAAACGAUAAAGUUUGUCACGAUAAUGAUCACAUAGGGAAAGAUAAAUUGCCUAACCUGCCCUCGGGCCAUAUCCUUACAUCCCUCCCUAGCGAAUCUCAAAAUCAGGGUCCAGCUAUAUACGAUUUUCUAUACCUUGGUGAUGAGGAUAAUGAAAUUAAUAAUAAAUCUAAUUUAGAAGCAUCUAAAUCUUCUAUUCCUUCCAAACCUUUUUAUGCGGUCUAUGCUGAAACUAAGGAUACCCUAUCUCAAAAACAGUAUAAUAAUUUAAAAUAUGAAAAAAAGACCAUGAAUAUAAACGAUUUUUUUACUGAUAUCGGAAUAAUGUUGUCAUCACCUAAUACACCAUCAUUUGAUUCUCUUGGCUAUUUGGCUGGCAAUAAUCACAAGCUAAAAAAUAAUUUGAAACAGUUUUUUCCCAAGGAAUUCAUGACAAAGACUCAAAAGGCGGCAUAUCACUGCCAAUCAUUCGACAAUAGGAUCAGUUCACUAAAUCACAAUAAUAACCCUUUUAACGGGUUCUUCCCUACCGAAUCACAUUCUGACGACCAGAGCGUUUUAAAUAAUAGUAAUAAUUUUAUAACACCCUCAUUAAAUUUUGCCCACGGUACAAGUCACAAUAUUAUUUCGAAUUCGGCUCAGCCGAAAUACAAUACGGACCUAAUAAAUUGCAUUUCCCCUAAUUCGUUCGUCCUGGAUGAUAUCUCGUUUCAAAACAAGAAUAAUUCUUUCGAAGCAAAAAGUUUUGAUAUCCGAAGCUCGACUAACGGGCUGCCUUUAAACAUAAUGAUAAAGUUGCAGAGAGAAAAAAUAGCCGAAUUGCAAAGGCAGCUUAGACGUUCUCAAAUAGAACUAGAAAAUCAAUUAGCUAUAGCUUCUUCCAGUCCUAAAGUGUUACCAGUUGGUAGUAAAGACGAUAUCAAAAUAAAGGAUCCUUUAAAACUAAAAUCAUACAAAACAUUAGAACAAAUUUCUUAUGUCGAUUCCCCAUCUUUAUCUUAUAUCGAAGAAAAUAUUGUUAAUAUCAUAGAUGAAAAUACGAAUUAUAUCAAUAAAUUGAUCAAUAAUCACCGGUCAAAUCAUGAUUACACGAAUAACAUUGACCAAAACUUUUAUCACCAAAGAAAUAAUCUCAUGUAUUUGAAUGACUCCAAGCAAACGCAUUUAUCGUCAAAUAUUACAAAAUAUGACCAAAAUAAUGAUUCCAAUAUUCAUGACUCUACUCUAACAUAUCAACAAUUAACUUUAACAACACAAGGACAGCAUGACUACCGUUCUAGUGUCAAUCAAAUGGAUCUUAACGACAUUCAAAGUGACAUAUCAACUUUAUGCAAUAACUGUUCUUAUGAUUCUAAUUACAGUUCUGAAUUAAACAUAUAUUCCAACAAUAAUACAAAUAACGACACCCUAUCACGUGAGCAUUACUUUUAUAAUGACCAACCUAUUGAAGGGCCCAUAUUUCUUAAUGCAAACCAAUACACUCCGCCUGAAUAUAAAAAUGAUCAAUCAACCAUAAAUCUUAAUAUCAAGUACGAAGACAAAGCCACUUUUGGUGAAUGUAACAAUGAUCCAAUAACUAAUGACCUACCCGUCAUCAAUUACUCUUAUAAUAAUAAUUAUUAUAAAUCGUCGUGUAAUAUCAAUAAUUCUGACUUAUUAGAUCUCUUUCCUCCUAUGGAGGACUUGGAAAUGAUGUCACGUGCUUUGUCACCGCUAGAUAUAAAUUCACUCUUCCUAGUAGGGGGACAAAUUGAAUAGGUUUUAGCUUAUUUGUAAGAUGAUGCAAAAUAGGAAUAGUUGAACAAAUUGUAUAUAUACUAAAGAAUAUCACCAAGAACAAUCUUAUUCAACAGCUGGGCGAUCGUGCUUUUACAGCUUACAAAACCAAAAUUUUAACGUAAAUUGUCCCGACUUUUAUAUUUUAUUAUCAUUUCUCUAUUUCUUAUAAUGAAUUUCGGAUGUUAGAAAUAUCUUCCAAUUUUUUUUCUUGGCACUUUGCAUUCUUUUUUUUGUGACAAUACACUUCGUCAUUUUUAUAAAUUUUUUUUUGUGAACCUUAGACAAGAUAUCAUGCUUAAAAUACCUAUUCGUUAUUUAUUAAAAAAAUAUUUUUUUUGAAUAGUUUACCAACUUACUAUUUAAUUUUGAAUUUAAGUAAGAAUAUAAAGAAAAUUGAAUUAUCAUCUACACAAUUUAAAAAAACAUCGCCAACAAUAAAUAAGCUUUGAAAUUUUAUUAAACUUCAGAAAUAUAUUUUUUUUCUUCUCAUUUUUAUAUAUUCGUAUUAAUUUAAAAAUUUUAAAUAUAAAUUGACGAUAUUGAAAAUCUUCUAUAAUUGGUUCUCUGUAAAAAAAAUUUAAUUUAUUUUAUAUAUACCCCU